CUAUCGUCCAAUAGUGUUAGUUACCAUGCGCUUAUAAAUUGUCGUCAAUGUAGCCGAGACACUUCAGUCGACGUCAUCGAGCGAAAUCAACAUUAAUCAAAGCUGAAUACUGUCGGAGGUUUUUUCUUGCCGUUCGUUAAUAUCAAUCACGGGCUUUUCAAACCAUACCAUUAUAUAAAUCUAUACUGGAAUAAGUCAUGAGUUCGUACGAGGGCUUUUCUACCAAAGCUAUUCACGUUGGACAAAAUCCGCAACAAUGGAGUCAUUAUGCAUUGGUACCCCCCAUAGUGAUGUCUACUAAUUUUCAACAAAAUCCUUCUGAUCAUAGAAGUUUCCUAUAUGGCAGAAGUGACAAUCCUACACGCAAAGUAUUAGAAACUUGCCUGGCUGCUCUAGAAGGUGGCAAAUGCGCUGUCACUUAUUCUUCUGGUUUAGGAGCUACAACAGCAUUGACAAGUUUAUUAAAUUCAGGAGAUCAUCUUAUCGCUGGAGAUGAACUUUUCGGUGGAACCAGUAGUUAUUUUCGAACCGGCUUAACUAAAAACAAUAUAGAUCUUACUUUUGUAGACAUGACCGAGCCACAAAAUGUUAUUGAUGCUCUGAAACCAAAUACUAAGAUGAUAUGGUUAGAGUCGCCAACGAAUCCCACGCUAAAACUGAUUGACAUCAAAGCUAUCGUUGACAUUGUAAAGUCUCGCCAGUCAGACAUAAUAAUAAUUGUCGAUAACACAUUUUUGACGUGUUAUUACCAAAAACCCUUGGAGCUCGGAGUUGACAUAGUAAUGUAUUCCUUAACAAAGUAUAUGAAUGGCCAUUCAGAUGUUAUAAUGGGUGCAGGGAUUACACGCCGGGACGAUCUCGAGAAGAGAAUGCGAUAUUCUCAAAAUACAAUGGGAAUUAUCCCAUCACCCCAUGACUGCAGCAUGGUCAUUCGAAGUUUAAAAACGCUCGAAAUCAGGAUGGAACGGCAUAUGAAAAAUGGUCUGGCCAUAGCGAAAUUUUUGGAGAGCCAUUCUAAAGUGGAGAAAGUGCUCCAUCCAUUACUCCCUUCGCACCCGCAACAUAAACUCGCAAUUAAACAAUUAAAAGGUUACAGUGGAAUGGUAUCUUUCUACUUGAAAAGUGACCCAACGAAGUUCUUAAAGGCACUGAAAGUCUUCACUCAAGCCGGGUCGUUAGGGGGUCCCGACUCAUUGGUUGAAAUGCCCUUCUUCUUGUCGCACUCUUCUAUACCCGUGAAAAUACGACAUGCCUUAGGUAUCACUGAAAAUUUGAUUCGAGUGUCUGUUGGUCUUGAAACAGAGCAGGAUCUUAUAGCCGAUCUCCAACAAGCACUAGAUGCUUGCUAAUAAAGUUAUUUUAAAUAGCAACGUAACAUAACAAGGGUAUGUAACAAGGAAAUAUUUGCAUACAUUUUACAAUAUAAUUCAAAUUUAAAGAAAUUCAUAUGAAAGUUCCAUAUUAUUGCUUACUGCAAGAGUGAUGUAAAGGCAUAAUUACAACAAUAAAUACAUCUUCGAUACGAGCAAAGAGACUUUAUAUUUAUGAAAUAUUUUUAUAGUCGAUAAUUUCUUGCUAUUCAUAUGAGAAAUAUAUUUUGACACAUGUAAUCAUUUGUUCCAAUCUCUUUUCAGUAUUCUAGUUUUGAGACUGUUUCAAAAUAAUAAAUUCAGUUUCUAAAUAUAAAUAAUUUAAGUUUGAAAAAAUGCCAUUCAUUUAUUUAUAUUAGAAAUUAAGAGAUAAAAAACCAAAUUUUUCUAGUAGAAAUUGCAAAUAAAGUUAACACAACUGAUAUUUAAUCACUAUAGACGUAGAAUAUUCUCAGAAUUCUCAGAAAAUCAUGUGCUAUCUGGGGAUGUCUUAAAGAUGUCUUAUGAUCCGAUUUUGGACAUUGUGCUGUCUGGGUUUAUUACGAAUUACGGGUUUAUUAUACGUUUCGAAGCAUUUGCGUUAUCAAACAGAGCCUGUCCUAUGUUAACUGUUCCAUCAAUUUAUUCGAAACUUUUGUCAAUUGUAUGUGAAAAUAAAUAAUUUUCUAUAUUUUGUUUUU